CGCAAGCAUGCCUAUAUAAAUGGAAACAAGCCCUUAUUUUUUCCCGCAGGAAAUAAAUAUAGCGUGUUUUGUGGAGCAAUCGUACGAUUCAGCAGUGCGUCGUCUCACUCCCAGGACAGAAAUUUGUUGAGAAAUGGGCAAGAGAAAGGCCAAGGCUAAGCCUGCAGCUAGGAAGCGAACGGACAAGCUGGAUACAGUUUUCUGUUGCCCUUUCUGCAACCAUGGGAGCAGUGUUGAGUGCCGCAUUGACAUGAAAAACUUGAUUGGCGAGGCUAUCUGUUGCAUUUGCCAAGAGAAUUUCAGCACAACCGUCACAGCUUUGACCGAACCAAUAGACAUAUACAGCGAAUGGAUAGACGAAUGCGAGAGGGUCAACACUGUUGAUGAUGAUGGUGCUUAGGUGGAAAGUUCAGUCGUAUUGCAAAGGAAAGAGAGCGCUGGAAAGUAUGUGCCCUGGUUCCAAUUAAGUACUGACGAACCUUAUUUGUGCGUUGGUUGUGAACGUAGUAGUUUUGAACCUCGUAGGCAAAUGUAGAUUGAUAUCAUUCUGUAUUUUUUCUUCUUGAGGGGGCAUAUAUAAAUACAUGUACUGUAACAUAAUCUGAAUGUUAUAAGAUAAUGGAAUAACUGAGGUAUUGUGUUGCUCUCCGUU